AUGGCGUCCUCGCUGUCCAAGGGCCCCUUCUCGGCCAUUCGAUCCAGCAACGCUCCCUUCUCUGCCUUCUACUCCGGACCGGCCAUUGCUACACCAUGCCAACGCCGAUACCUUUCUCAAUCCUCUCAGCGCAGUGCUGGCCUCCGCGGCAUGCCUCAGAACAUCUCCAUGCCAGCUCCCGCUCAACCUAGUAUGCGGACCCGGGGUAGGGGUAUGCCUAGGACGGAUCUCCCCCAGGACAUCGGACUUCUGCCGGGAACCUUCAUCCGGCCGCUUUGGAGAGAUAUGCCCUCCAUCUUCCAGCAACCCUCGGAGCGUUUACAUAUGGAAUGGCUGUGGAUCAAGUCGGCUUUUCAGAACUUCAUUGGAGUCCUCGCCUACUGCAAAUGGCUCAACAAGGGACUUGCACUUAGGCUGAAAGAGCGCCGACAGAUUGCUUCCGAAUACCACAAGAAGAUGUACACUGCAUUUGCCGCCGGCGAUAUUGCUACCCUACGCAAGGUGUGUUGCACCGGCCUUGCCAACCAGCUGAGCACCCGCAUCGCUGCUCGUCCCAAGGGUGAGCGUGUCACUUGGAACCUGGACAGUUACAUUCGCUCUCCGGGCACCUACUUCACCGGUGUUCGCGUUAUGUCGGAUCGUGCGACUCAGAUUCCCGAAAUCCCCAACUCCGGAGUUCGCCAGGUCGUCCUGCGCAUCACCAGCCGCCAGUCGAAGGGCACGACGAAGGCGUCUCCCAACGGUGCCCCGGCCGAUAGCACGGCCGUGGCCAACAAUACCAAGCAGCAGGACUGCACCGAAUACCUUGUCAUCCAGCAAUUCCGCUGGGCCGGCGAGGAAGACCAAUGGCGCGUCUGGGGUCACGCUACCCCCACGACUGUGGAGGACCUGGAGAGUCCCUUCUUCGCCCGCGGCAUGAGCCUGGCGGACCGUAUGGAGGCUAUGAGGGAGACGAUGACUGGAAAGAAAUAA